CUGAUAUUUAUUGCACUAUCAACUUCUGCCCAGCGGCGCAGCUACGUGGUUCGUAUUUAAAAAUAGCUCACGAAAAACGCAUAUGUAAAUAGCUAUUUUCCAAAUAACCACUAAUCUGGAUUCCUUAUCAACUCGCAUGCGCCAUUAUUUCCCUCCGAAAUGCUUGCCAAGCUGCCUAUCUAAUCACUCCCAACAACCAGCCUUGCCCACGGCGGCAGGAAGGCCUGGCAACAACAGAUAUCCACCAGGCACCUUGCAGUCGAUUCAUAGUCCGGAUGUGGGAAUUAAGAAAUCCUUAGGCAAAGGAGCGUUAUGCUGACUUAAUGCAUCAGAGCAAUUCAUGUGGCAGCUCAAUUUACGGUGGAAAUUAUGGGAGUGCUCGUGUCCUGGAUCAUUUGUUGGCUUCUGCAGUGCCUUCUCUGCCAAGGUUCACGUCUAAUUUGUGCAUCUCCUACACCUAAAUACUUAACACCCCAAGAAGGAGAAAGUAUCAGGUUGGCCUGCAAGGCCUCUGAUGCGCUUUGGUUUGAACGAGAAAACCAACAAUCACAAAGAGCAGUUUCAUGGUACUGGACGAGUUCUUUGGAUAAAUUCUUGCCUCAGCUUGAUAUUAAACAGCUUGUCAUUGAACAGUUUUCUUCUCAAAUAAUUAACAAACCAGAAAAAACAUCGCGGUUCCACGAAAGGGUUGAGAUUUUAGACGCUGAUUUUGAAGAAGGAUGUUUUUCCAUAAAUAUUACAAAUCUGCAGCUGAACGAUUCAGGGGUGUUUUUCUGUAAAGCAUGGGGAAACGCUGCUAUGCACCUUGAAACGAUUAAUCUGACGGUUCAUCCCAAAGUUCCUCCAGAAGAGUCAUCAACCAGUAAAUAUUACAGAGGUGACUGGCGUGAAACAACCACAAGUCCCUCAAUUACAAACGUGACUCCUGAGCCGAAUUCUUCAUUUUGCCCCUCGCUUCAAUGCCCAGUGGCUAUCUCAGUGCCCGUGGGUGUUCUAUUUCUAGUUGCCGUGAGCGUCACCAUUGUUCUGUGUGUACGACACUCAAGGCGAUCAGUCGCACAUGCAAUGGCGAUGGAAGAUAGAAGUCCCAAUCAAAUAAUAUAUGCGCCUAUAAAGCACGACAAUCCAGCAAAUGACGCCUUACAAACGGAGACAUAUGAGGAGGAGCUGAUGUACACCGAGGUGGAGAUCACCCACCAUCGGCAACCCACGGUGGACUAAGAGGCCGUUCACCUCAACAAGCUUCUCAAGAUUGCUUCAUUCGCAGUGUGGACCACGAGCACUUUUAAGCACUCUACACCUUUCCACUGUUAAUGUCACCCAACAGCUAUAAUCUUCUACUUGGCUUCCGUGGUUAAACAAAUGCACAGAUAAUUUCACACGGCGACGUCGUUACGUGUUUUUUUUUCUGAGACGCAAAACCAAGCAGCUGUGAUCAUGCUACUCAUCAUCAACAAGUAAUUCCCUUUUAAAUACAGCAAGGUGUUAAGGUUAAAGUAGAGAUGUGUUUGUCGUGAGGCAAAGGAGUUUAUGACCGUUCUGCUCGCAAAGUCUUGCGUCACCAUUCUGCAUUUUGUUGCGUUCGCGUUCCAAAAAGGGGACAAGAGAAGCUUGUGCAGAACGGAGGUGGAGGCAAAGCGCGUGAUAUUCGUGGGUAUAUUGGAGUGCAAACCAGCAGUGUGCCACGCCGCGACGAGCAAUAGGCACGGCGAGACGCUGCAGAUUUGCACUUCCAACAAUAGUCUUACAGGCACAGCUGUCAUGUGCAUUAACCAUCCUUCGCAUUUGUUUUAAAGACUUAAUUUACAAUGAAAUCAACGGUGCACACUUGUUUAUUUGUAGACCUUCAAUGAGACACUUCUUGAACACGUCUAGAGCAAUACUGCCAGUGCAUGGGAAGAAAGGUGUCAAUAAUUGGAGAUUAUAAAAUAUAGAAACAUUUAUAUUGAACCCAGUUACACACGGUUAUGUUGCAAUAGGAAUAUAGCGUACUGUAUUGUGACGGCUCAUACAAGUCAUGCACGUGUAAGCAAUAAAAAGGCUUAGUGUUAGAUUGAGUGUAAAUUUGUCUUAAAUUCUUAUGGAUACAGUUUUUACACAAUGAACAAAUAGUGUCACGUUCUUGAAUAUACUCCCGACAGAUUCAAUACAGGAGCUCUUCCAGGCCUCAUUGCCUUAAAUGCAGACCUCUUCUUUAUCCGCGGCCCCGUUAACCUCCGCGACUUUUGUUAUCCGCGGCAGCUGGAGGUUUUGGGAGAAGGCCCAUCAUCCACGGCCCUAUUCCAAUCAUCCGUCGAUUAUCUGCACUUUUUGUUUUAACCUCGCGGAUAAGGAGUAAUGUCGCGGAUAACCCCGCGAAUAUUAGAACCCGCCACAUUAGGCCCUCACAAAACCACGGAAAAUGAUGUGUCGCUCCUGUACGGUGUUCCACCGGCUGAUUGCCAGUACAGUCGUGUAAGAUUGUACGUCCAAAUGAUCAGCCAAGAUCUACAGCAAGGAUCCCAUGCCUUUAUUCACAUAUGCAAGUAAAUGCUCAUUUCCCGCAAACAAAACAUAUUGGUUACUUAGAUGUGUAGGUAUCUGUGUUGCCAUCCAUAUACUGUAUUGUACGUAAUCAUGUCUAUAAGUGUCGUUGAAGAGGACACUUAACUUAUAAUUUUUGGCUUCGAUUCAUAAAACAAUGUUUUCUCACGUGAUGCCGAGCGAUUUAAAUGUUCGUCUGAAUGUCACACGGCAAAGGCUCAACACUUAAGCGCAGGUAAAAUGCUCAUAUACUGCAUACAAAAUCUAGAGGACGCCAGCAGUGUCAAUGGGCUCACCAGUCGAUCAGAAGGUCACACGUGGUGGGGUAAAGUCUCGGACAGCGUGGAAGAGUAGGCCAAAUACCAUCUCUCGAGCUCACUGUCGUGGAAGCCCUUCCACCAGCAAUGGCGUGCGCUCCAUCUUUACUGUAGAAUUGAGGUUUAUGUAACUAUUUAAUCUUCAGCAAAUUUUGAGCACGUUAACUAAACUAUGUAUUUAAUUAUAAUUUGUAACAAUUUUAGCUGAAUUGCUUGAAAUAGUAUUUUUGUUUAAAUUUUCAUUGCCGCUUGGUUUGAUGUUAAUUUUCUUGAUUAAUCAUAACUGUCGAUCUAUUACGGAUGUAAUACUGUAACUCAAAACUCCAGAGCACUUGUAUUUUUGCUUCGGAUAAAACGAAUGCUUUAAACGUCAUGAUUUGUCACGUCAUGUUUUUUUUUAAUGAAUAUAAAGUGAACUGAAGCAU